GUUGCAUUCAGUCAAAGUCCGACCUUUGGAUUCUCCUAAGGUGAUUGCGUACGUCAAUCUGUGAUUGAACCAUCAUGUUGGUCAACAGCGCCGUUGGCACUAUUAUCUUUGCCCUGCUGACGUCAUUCACCUGUCAAGGUCAACAGGUCGAGCGGGAAUUGUUGGUCAAAUCUGGCGAGGAUUUCAUCCGCACUUGCACCGUGUCCAUGACCAGCGGAUUAAACGUCACCUGCACUCUGCCCAGCAGCGGUGGGAGUCCCACAGACACGGCGACACAUCGACAAAAUGAAGCCGCACUAUUUUUACGCAAAUUGAGCAAUUUGAAAGAUCGGCUGACGAUGACGUACCAUUCAGACCCGAUUCUUCAAGUGAUAACGGCCACCAUGACUAUCCGCAACGCCAGUUAUCUCGACACCGGAUAUUACGGAUGUCGGCUCAACAAUUCCGCCAGCAAAUUCGACGAGACUUACAUAUUCGUUCAUCCUUCCAACAUUUCCCAAUUGGACGGUGAAACGAGUGUCAGUGUCGACGAUCUUUUACUCCCAACUUUGGACGUGUACGUUUUUGAAGAAGGAAAAACAAAUCAAUUUCAUCUACCUUUUAAACCGACUCAUCCUGACGUCCAACUUUACUUGUCCAGGAGAAAUAACAAACAGCACUGGAUCGAGUUUUUCUCGUCCGUGUACAACGGAAGCGAACAUGAUAUUUGGACUUGGAACAAACACGAAGGAUUGACGACUACUGGAGCCAAAUUGAGUCAAACCAAAGGCGUUUAUUGGUGCGAUGCGACUCUUAACGGACGGACCACAACUCGCUACUUCCGCAUUUUUGUCACGUCCAACGCCGAGGAUCACAGUCCAUUGAAUCAAUAUCGUCCACACAUCAAGAAUGCAGUCGAAUACCUGAUUUUCCCGUCUGGCAGUUCGUUCGUAUUGAAAUGCCACAUCGGGAUCGACGAAUCACGCAAUUACAACAUUACCUGGAUGGUGCCCAAGCCACUUCAACAUCAAAAUUAUUCCGUCGUUUGGGAAACUUCCGAGAAUCAGCGUUCGGCCACUCUCAAAGUCUCAGACAUUCGAUUUCUCUACACGGGAAAUUACACCUGUCAUCGCAGCGAUGCCCAUCAUUUGUUCGCUAAUCAAUAUAUUUUCGUCUCUGAUCCAGAGAAUUUGCUUUUGCCGAUCGAUCGAUCCUUCAUAUUCAACGAGACACAAAGGGCAGUCAUUCCGUGUCGCCCUACUCAUCCCGACGUCUUAGUUUCCCUUAAAAUAGAAGGGACAUCCGGUCGCGGCAAGGAAAAUAUUACACUGUACCCGUUGGACGAUGACAGGGGUAGAAGUGGUGAUUGGUUGUACAGCAAGUUUCAAGGCUUCCAAACAAAAAAGAAUGCCAGCAGGGCCACUGCAGGUCGGAAUUACCUUUGCAAGGGCUCCAGGUUUGGAAAGGAAAUCAAUCGUUUCAUUGACAUUGUUGUUGCAGAUAUCGAAUUAUAUGUGAUUGGUGAUCCUAGUAAUCAGGCUGCUAUUGUGCAUGGUGAUGAUGUAACUCUCAAAUGUGAUACAUAUCAAGGCCAUUCCUUCAUCAUUUGGCACCCUCAAACUGGUCAAAGCCAAACGAUCGAAAUGGAUUCUCAUGAGUAUCCAGCCGGGAUUUCAAACGUUUAUCAAAUACCAAGUAGAGUGCAGAGAUUACAACCACGGGUAUACGCCACCGAACUGAGAUGGGAGCGUAUCAACAAUUUGGCCACUGGUUUCUAUGAGUGUCGCUAUAACGACAGCUCGAGACGUAAUGUAGCCGUUCAAUUUUACCACAUGAUUGUGCAAGAAGCACGGGCUCCACGCCUAGCAUCCAAGCAAUUGAACAAAAAGAAGAAAGAUAAAAUUUUCGUCAUGGUUAAAGAAGGAAAGGACGCCAAACUUGAGUGUCAUUUGGAGGAAGGUGCCCCUUUACCUACGGUCGCCUGGUUUAAGUACAACGUCCUCCUUGAUAAAAUGACACCAGAAAAUGGAUUGACGUUCAACGAAACAAAAAUUAACGGGACGUUUCAUUUUUAUCUGCAUUUGUCGAAUAUGGAAAUGAUAAACCAGGGCGAAUACACUUGCCAUUUCGAGAACAGACUGGGUUCCGACAACCAGACAUUUCAUGUCAAUAUCGAAGACAACGAAAGCGAUGGAGCCACAAUGGCCGUCAUUGUGGUUCUCAUUAUAAUUAUCAUUCUCCUCAUGAUGGUGGCCAGGUUUUUCUACGUCCGUUUCUCGAGCCAUAGAGCCCGUAACGCGGCCGACAUUGCCAAAGUGUUGGGGCCUCUACUAGCCGGCAAUCCCGAACGGCUCAAUCGAAAAUUGCCUUUGGAUGGCCAGUCUGAGUUAUUACCUUAUGAUAACAGUUGGGAAUUUUCUCGCGAACGUCUCAAAAUUGGCAAACAACUGGGCGCGGGUUGUUUCGGGAGGGUUUUAAAAGGACAAGCGGAAGGAAUAAUUCCAGGUGAAGAGCUGAAAACUGAAACAGUGGCCAUCAAAAUGGUCCGCUCCUACGCCGAUUUGAGCGCUCUGGCCAGUCUCGUGUCUGAGCUCAAAAUCCUCAUUCAUCUCGGCUCGCAUUUGAACAUCGUCAACUUGUUAGGAGCCUGCACUGACGUCGCCAAUGGCGAUUUCCUCGUUAUCGUCGAGUAUUGCCAUUUCGGCAAUCUGCUCAACCAUCUGCUGGCCAAUCGACACUGUUACAUGGAUCAAGUCAAUGAAAAUGGAGAGUUGGCACAAUUAGAUUCCUUCCAAGAUGUGUCCAGUGGCAAUGGUGAUUACUUGUACAUGGGCAGUCCUGCUCUUGCCCCCGCCCCUAUUCCAGCGAAAUCUGAACGGAAGCGAAGUCGCAAGGAAACCCGCGAAACGGAUUAUCUCGCCAUGUUGUUAACUAAUCAUGGUUCAGUGUCGUUUAGUCGGACACCACAAAGCCAACCAAACGACGUUGAAUGUACCGAUGACCAGACGAAUCAUCCGUUUUCCACUCGCGAUUUGACCUGUUGGGCAUUCCAAAUCGCUCGAGGCAUGGACUACUUGUCGGGAAGAAACGUGAUUCACGGGGAUCUGGCAGCCCGUAAUGUUUUAUUGGCAACCAACGGGGUUGUCAAAAUCGCCGAUUUCGGACUGUCACGCAAAGUCUACCAGGACAGCAAUUACAAAAAGAAGGGAGAAGGAAUGCUUCCGGUGAAAUGGAUGGCUAUUGAAUCUCUGACGGAUCGGAUCUAUUCCAGCCAAUCUGACGUCUGGGCUUUUGGGAUCACCAUGUGGGAAAUGUUCUCCUUGGGCAAAGCUCCUUAUCCAGAUAUGGAAGACAUCGGUGGAUUGAUUCAGCACUUGGAGGGCGGAGGUCGCAUGGAAAUGCCUCGAAAUGCUCCAAAUGGUGUGGCUGAAAUCAUUUCAAGGUGCUGGAAAGCGGAUCCGAAUGUAAGGCCGACAUUUGCUCAAUUGGAGCACAUGCUAGGCGAUUUUGUGGAAGAAUCAAUCAGGACCAAUUACGUCGAAAUGAAUGAGCCCUACAGUCGUCGCAAUGCCGAGAGGUUUGGUAACCUCGUUGAUGAGUUCAUGUCCCAAGAGUCAUCUACCAGUCAACAGCCAACUACUGGCUACGUCAACGUCCAGGAGGUUUAAGGGGCCUGACUUAUUCGUUCUUU